AUGUACGGUGUAAACAGCUGCGAAGAUGAACCUCUGGUAACGAGAGCUGGGGCGACAAAACAAGCUAAUAAACUGGUGUACUUAACAGGGGCUAUCCUUUUUGCAGCCUGUAUUAUAGCCUCUUUAGCUCUGGCUAUCACUGUAGCUGUUAUUUUUUACGAAAAUCGCGAUAACGAAUUGAAGAAUUCAACGGCAGUAAAUGCUGCGACGGGUAAGCCUUCUACUGAGUGUCAUAUCAGAGUUUUACAAUCUGGAACAUUGAUAUUUACUAAUUAUUUAUUUAAAUGAAGGACUCUAAAAGCCCCUUUCACGAUGACGUCAUUUUACUACGAGGCCUGCUAUAUGUAUUUACGACCAAAAAUCCUUUAAAGUUUUGCUUGAUUGUUCAAUUAAUAAAGGGGAGAAGUGUGACGUCGCAUUACCAUGGUAGCAAAAUUAUCUUUCUUGAAAGUGACGGCCAUUUCCAUUGUCGAGCAAUGAAAGAAAAGUGAAAGUCCAAAGUUUUGUUCCUGAGUGCAAUCAUGCACAGGAAAGUCAGGGGCACCCAACGACAAUUUUUGGAAAAUAUCUGUUCGAAAGACGAUUUGAGAUCUAGAAUUUUCGGAACAUUUGUCGUAAAAUUUCUUGCUUGCCUGCCUCUCCUAGGAUUUUCGAUCAUCUAAAAAAUGGUAGAACUACCCAUUUUUAACCGAUUUUUACCCUAAAAAGGUCACCUAGAAUUUUCGGGAGCCUUUUUUCGGGCUUUUUUCUUUUCUUUUUCUUUCUUUCUUCUUUUUUUUACCAUUUCUGGAUAUCAAAAUGGAUCUUAUUAUAUUUAUAUAUGAUGAAGGCGAGUCCCGAAACUAUUUUGUCAGGCUUGAAUUGUGCUUACAAUUCACUCAAACCGUGUAAGUUACGAGUGGACUAAAAGGAAUUUUCCCAGGGGAAAGUCGGCGAGGAUCUCGUUGGGGUAUCAAAUUAAUAGAAACUGUAUAUGCCAGUCUCACUUAGGAUAAUCAGAGGCCGGAAAUCAGUAUUUUUACCAUGAAGGUAUGGCAUAGGGUUGUGCGCAGGAAAAAUAUCUGCAUAAUUACAAAGAAAAAAAGCAGUUAUACUGCAGUGCCGGAAUGGGGUGUCCAGUCUGGGUUCAAACAAAACCAGUGCGCCACUGUAAGUUGAGGUAUUAAAUGUGUUCUUUCGAUUAACAAAAAGAAAAAUUGACAGGCACUUUAAAGGAAUUUAUCCUUUUCGGUUACAACUUGGUGUUACGCAGCGCGAAUUCAUGCUAAUUAGUAGAUGUGGAUUCAUCAUGCUUUCGUAGUUACAGUCGUUGCACGGUUUCGUGGUUUUAAAGUUAUAUUUAGUAUAGACAUUUGCAACUGCUAAUUAGCAUAAAUUCUUGCUUUAGUAACACCAAGUAAUAACCACCUUUUCACUCUCUCAAAUAUUCGUUUUUCUUUCCAUGCUAGGCAUUGACGAAUGUGCUAACAACGACCACACAUGUCAUGUCAAUGCGUCAUGUUACAACACCGAAGCGUUUUAUUUAUGCGUCUGUAAGCGUGGAUUCUACGGGAAUGGGACUUGGUGUACUGGUAAGUAACAAAUUCAUGAAAUGCCAUGCAUUGUUUCGCCCCGAUGUAAGGGAAUCUGCACUCCGGGACAUGUUUUCUUGUCGAAUCCGGAAUCCGGGAAAUUUCUCUUUUGGAAUCUGGAAUCGUCAUGACUCGGGAGAAGGGGGGGAGGUGCUUGAGUUAAUUUUUGCUACGGUAUGUGCCGCUGGCCUCUCGGAGCCCCUACCCCAUUAUAGUCCAUUCUGUGGCCAAUCAUAGACCCUAUUUUACUCACUUUUGGGCAAAUGUGUAAUUUUCGCGAUCCCAAUUCAGUCACUUUCUCAACCUCGUCCCCAGGGCUUUUCCCUUAAAAAAUGGGUGGGGCGGGGUUAGGUUUAAGGGAAAAGCCCUGGGGACGAGGUUGGUCACUUUCUAUUUGUGUAUCUACCUUACUGAUUGAAUGAAGAGCACUUUAUUUUUCACCCACAAUACAAACAUUCUGGUAUGUUUGCUAAACGUAAAUAUGAAGAACUGACUUACUCCAAAAACCACAAAAUGUGCGACCCCAUUAUAAUCAAUCCAGUCGUGAAAAUGCGACCCCAUCCAGCCGCAAUCCCCCUUAGCUUCUCAUAAGGAAGUACCCCCAAGGUUGUCAGGAUGGUGGCGUUUGGAAUCCGGAAUACAGAUCAAGGAAUCCGCAAUCCCACUAACGAUUGGAAUCCGGAUCCAAGUUCCUCUGACAAAGAAGCCUGAAUCCAGUAUCUUGCAUCUGGAAUCCAAGGCGUGGAAUCCAGGAUCACCAAGGGUCUCUUGGAUUCCCGAACAUGGGGCGAAUGGAGCGAGCGCGAUUGGUCCUUUGCACAAUUCAGCCACAUGCUCGGGCUGCUUAACAACGGCUCGCUAAACGGCAAGCCAUUCAAGCGUUCAUUCAGAUCACAAAACUUUGGGUGUGAUCGGGCGAAGCCUUCUUAGGUUAAUUCAAACGUCUUUAAGUCUUGUAGUCCAGUGAUGUCGGUUUAUUUUCAACAGAGUCAUUAAACUAGGAAUGCUCAUCGAUGGCCCUCAAAUGAACUCUUGGAUGGCUUUCUAUCCAGCGAGCCGUUGAUAAGUUCUAUCCAAAUACGUGACAGGGUUUUGCUAAGAGCCAAUAGUCUUCUGGCCUCUCCACAGAUCGUUAGUCUAUGAACUAAGUAACCAGGCCAGUGUUCACGUUAUACAGGUGAUCAAUAGAGAGGUUGAUCAUCUCGUUUACGUCAAACGGCAAACGCGAAGUUGUACCACGUGACCAAGUUUUCCCAUUACUUGUCGUUUACUGUUCAUUAUUUCUACACAUAAAUUAGUAGUUUCACGUAAUUUUUCAUCCAUAAGAAUUGUUUUGAGCUGUUUUUAUCUGCUCAUUUUCUAUUUUGAGAAAGUUUCAACUUGAAUCUGACGUUCGCCGUUUGCCGUAUACGCGAAGCUGAAAACUCUUUUAACGUGGUGGUCUCGGUAAAAUUAAAGGAAAGAGGUAAGGCAGAUUGGAAGUCUGGCUAGCCCUCUUUCUCCCUCUGAUUUUGAACAACUCUGAUUGAACAAGUCUGAUACAACUAAUAUGAUUAUAAACGAUAACACUGAAAUAAAUUCGAUACAACUGGCUCAUGAACGGCCUAUUUUUACUUAGUAUUGCUUGCCGGUCUAUGAAAAACUUAUUUUUCAAAGGACCGUUACUGAGGAGAGCAACGAAAGUAUUUUACAUUGGUGGCCUGAUCGGCCACGCUCAAAACCCUUUUUAUUCCCGACUUCCUAGUAUCCUCAAUCACGGAAGGUUUUUAAAAGCUCAAUUUGUGCCGAACUGGAACCAGAAUAUAUUGAAGUUCUCGGGUUCAAACCCUCGGACCCAUCCGAGCCUAGAGAUCAUGAACGGGGCCCCUUCAUACUCUCUUACCGCCGAGACUGACUUAGGGUGCUUAAAUUAAUGCAAUAUAAACUAAAGAGAAAAUCUGACUUAGAACCUGGUUUUUAAAAGCCUUUUGAGAUAAAAUUUGCCUGUUAGACCCCUUCUCAAAUACAAGAACCUGUUUGGCCUAAAAGUUGAAACGGGUUCUUAUUUUUUAAAAUCGAAAAUUAUUUACACUCGGGCAAAUAGGAUAAGUCAACAUUCAGGAACCUCUUUGGAGGCUUAGGUGUCUUACUACUCCAACUGCAAUUAUUGCAAUCCCAAACAGGUAUACAGGGUUUGAGGUGAACACCACUUAAUGCUCUUAGCUACAAUGUAUUUUUUUUCUUCAGAAAAUAAGAACCUAUUUAAGAACCUAAGAAGUGUGCUCUUGAGCAAACAUUUAUCAAAGAACCUGUGAAGGCUAACUUGGGAAAAUAAAGGCCUUAGUCGAGUUUUUUUACUGUAUUACUCUGUUAGUUGAAAUCAAGGGCGGAUCCAGAAUAUUUUUUAGGAGGGGGUGCACUUGUCUCUUGCUCUACUUCAACACCAAUACACCACAUUUUUUUUUUUGCAGAAUACCAGUUGUAUUAGAAAACCGCAGGUCAUCUCAGGGGAGGGGGAAUGCGCACCCCCUGCAACCUCCCCCUAGAUCCGCCCCUGUAAAUACUUUCCUCAUUUGCUUUUCCUUUUCUCUUAUUCAAGAUAUCGACGAGUGUACAGCCAACAUUCAUCGGUGUAAUUUAAAUGCGUCAUGUACAAAUAACUUGGGAUCUUUUACGUGCAACUGCUUUCCUGGAUUUUCUGGAGAUGGUCAAACUUGCAGUGGUAAUGACAUUUCUGGGCUGUGAUUUUUAAGGGCUAUGAUAUGCAAUUUGCUAUAGUUUUGAAAAACUAAAAUCCGUCUUCGCAUCAUUUGGUCCAGGUUUGUUUGAAGAGUUUAGGCACUGAAUCUGUUUCCUACCGUCUAUUGCUAAGGAUGACAAGGAUAAACAUGGACUGAAACCUAAACAAAUUGGACCAACUUUUUCGAGUUUUCAAAUAUUAAGGUUAUAGUGCUCCCUGAUGAAGCUGGUUUGAUAUAUUUUUCAUAACUCUAAAGAAACAAUUUUUGUAUGGGUUUAUUCAUUAAUUAAUGACUUCAGCUCAGAAUGAAAUGACAUAAAAGAGCAACAUCUCGGUGUUGCCCGUUUAUAAUAACCGGCUAAUCCCAUGUAUUACGAAAGUCACCCCCAGUUGCUCGAUCUUUUUGCCAGAGUUUCGACGGAGAAGCCGAGUUCACCAAAAUGCAUUUGCGAAUGUAUUUGGAAUACAUUAUAGUAUUUCACCGAUCAAAAAUAUGCUGAAACAACAAGAACUUACGUACACUUACUGUUUUAUUUCGUUCUCUAUGAAGUUCAGAUCUUUCUGGAAUGAACAACAACAACAAAAAAUUAAAAAGAAUUCACGAGGCUUCCAAGAAGUGUACCAAUAUAACCAAAAUGGAAAGACAUAGAUAUAUAUUAAUUGAAAUUAGUGCCUUGUUUUUCUCAAAAACGUCUAUGCUGUGCAUCUUUUCAGCGUUUUUUCGACGGUUUAUCAGUGUCUAGAAAAGUCAGGAGAUCUUACCCAGAAAUGGGGUCAACGUGAUACUCAAAAAUGCGGUUCUCAUAAAAGCACCCGCUUCUGCAGGUUAUCCCCCGGCUCAAACCGUGAACGCAUGGAGUUUACGGUUUCAUUCACUCUUAAAUACUUUUGCUUUCUUUUUUUCAGAUAUAAACGAAUGUACCAGCAACACACAUUCAUGUUACGCCAAUGCAACAUGUCAAAAUACCAUUGGAUCACAUUACUGCGCAUGCAUGUCUGGAUAUACCGGAAAUGGACAGAACUGCAUCGGUAAGAUAGUCGCCUUAUGUUUUCUCGUCGUACAGUUUUGCAGCCUAAACAAAAACACUGGGUCCUAUGCUUUGCGAGCAACAAAUCCCGCCAUAAACUUGAAGCCCAUGCCACUUAUAUGCUGGCUUAAGCUCCUCCAUGCCAUAUGAGGCAUGCAAGAACUAUAGCAGCGAAAUCACUAAGAAAAACAUACAUAAGCUUAGGCACCAAAAUGAAAAGAAAAUUUUGAAACUUAAUUUUGACUAAUUACAAAGCGGCUAUAGGAUGGAUUUAAAACCAACAUUGACUGCUGGAGCUGAAUUGACCAGUUUAGAGAAAGAUGCUGCAGGGAGCGUGGACUUUGGCUAGCUUAGCGAAAAUACUGAUUAUACAGAAAAGCAAGCGGAUUAAGUGCUAUUCACCACAUCCAUACAUCAAAACCCAUCAUGGUCCUUGCCGUGUUAUACAAAACUGUUUAAAAGAUGAAACAAACAAACAAACAAACAAAACAAGGAAAAAUGACCAUCACUAGUUGGAAUCCAUACCCUUUUCCUCUUGUGCAUCCAUGGAUUAAAUGUUGAAAGGACUUAUAAUUUCUCUGUUUGCACGCUUUUCUUGAUUUGUCAACCUGUCAUUAUCAUUUACCGAUAUUUCUCUCUAUAGAUGUUGACGAGUGUGCGACCAAUACCCAUUCAUGUGAUGCCAAUGCUUAUUGUAAUAAUACCAUUGGAUCAUUCAAUUGCACCUGUAAUCCUGGAUACAACGGAACGGGAACAUAUUGCAAUGGUUAGUAUUGCCUUUAUUGGCUCUUAAAAGCGGAUUAGGUGGCAACGAGUCGGAUGAACAACUAUGUGGCGAGAUAACAAAGACAUUUGAUAUCGAUAUAUAAAAUAACAUUAGCCUAGGUCUACGGAUUAUCCAUCUAGAAGUGAAAACGGGACGAUGUUCAAUUUGGACGGAUAAUUCGUCUGAUUUCAUCCGUCUUUUUAUCCGUCUUUUUAGACGGAUAAUUCGUCUUGAAUUCACAUCAGACGGAUAAACUGAUCCCAGUUGUUACCUGACAUGCAUAGAACUAGAAAGGGUGCGUUAGAUGACACCCAAAGAGCCAUCAGCAAUCGUAACAUGAAAGAGGAAGAAGGGGUCGAAAGUGGAAAAAUCACAAACAGAAAAGCAAAACCCUGAUCAUUAUCCCACCAAAAAAGGUUUCCCGAUCCUUCGUUUUCCAUUCGUUUUAGAGUUUCUAAGGGUUUACCCCAGCUACAUACUACUGGAUGCACAACCCCUCAAGGGUCGGCUCUGAAGCGUUUCCAGAGUGCUAAAUUUCAAAGCUUUUCAAUAAAGUGGUAAACAAGAACUUUCGAGUUUCCUCUUCUUGACAUCAAGUAAGCGUUUAAUGGUUUGGUAACCGCGCCAGAGCUUCGAGACCUGGCACAUCUGUCUUAUGUCAAUAUGACGUGGCAAGGCCAAUUUGAAACUCACAUUAAGAUGGAAAAUAUACCAGACGGAUUAUUCGCUUUGACGUUUUAUCUUUCUCUGGUGUGAACAAGGCCAUUAUGCUUUGACGUAACGUUUGGUUUUUCUGUAUAAACAGAUCGUUAUUGCAUUAAUAGUGCGUCCUCUGCCACCGAUGUUUAGAAUGAAAUAGCACUGCGUUUAGUUUCUACAGUAUAUAAUCUCUUGCUACAACUAGUGACAGUAGGAGAAUGGUUGGGCUAAUGCUAAUUCAUUUUCACUGCACGAAUAGAGAAAACAUCCCUUCAAGCAAUAUAAAUCUUUUGCCGAUAAAAUAAACCAGUAUAUAUACACUGGUAUAACCAAAGGAAGUAAAGUUAGUCUUGUGCGGCUUUUAAUUUCAUUUGACUGACUAUAAGCAGUUUUUAAUACCGUGUUUUUAUCAAUGUUUUUAUCCCCCGCUCCCCUCUGUUUGUUUCGCUUCGUUGUUUGAUUGUUUUUGUAUCUUUUUUGUUGUUGUUUUUACUUCGUGUUGACACUGUCAAUACGUAUUCUUUAAAUUAUGGAGUAUACGUUUUAUAUCUGGAAAAAAACACUGUCAGUACGUUUACUUUAAUUUGUAGAGUAUACGUUUUUAUAUCUGAAAAAAAAAAAAACACUGUCAGUACCUAUACUUUAAUUUGUAGAGUAUACGUUUUUAUAUCUGAAAAAAAAAACUCUGUCAGUACCUAUACUUUAAUUUGUAGAGUAUACGUUUUUAUAUCUGAAAAAAAAAAACACUGUCAGUACCUAUACUUUAAUUUGUAGAGUAUACGUUUUUAUAUCUGAAAAAAAAAAAAACACUGUCAGUACCUAUACUUUAAUUUGUAGAGUAUACGUUUUUAUAUCUGAAAAAAAAAAAAAACACUGUCAGUACCUAUACUUUAAUUUGUAGAGUAUACGUUUUUAUAUCUGAAAAAAAAAACUCUGUCAGUACCUAUACUUUAAUUUGUAGAGUAUACGUUUUUAUAUCUGAAAAAAAAAACACUGUCAGUACCUAUACUUUAAUUUGUAGAGUAUACGUUUUUAUAUCUGAAAAAAAAAAACUCUGUCAUUACCUAUACUUUAAUUUGUAGAGUAUACGUUUUUAUAUCUGAAAAAAAAAAAAAAAACACUGUCAGUACCUAUACUUUAAUUUGUAGAGUAUACGUUUUUAUAUCUGAAAAAAAAAAAAACACUGUCAGUACCUAUACUUUAAUUUGUAGAGUAUACGUUUUUAUAUCUGAAAAAAAAAAAAACACUGUCAGUACCUAUACUUUAAUUUGUGGAGUGUACUUUUUUAUAUCUGGAAAAAACAUUAAACGCUUUCUUAAAGUCAUCUAAAGCACAUGUGUGCAAUUUUUUUUCCUUCUCCUUUUAGACGUAGACGAGUGUACAACAAAUCUCCAUACCUGUACCCAUUCCAACGCUGUUUGUAACAACACCGCUGGCUCUUAUUACUGCGGCUGCCGUUCUGGAUAUUCUGGAAAUGAAACAGUAUGCUUUGGUAAAUAUUAAGCUGAAAAAGAAAGAAAAAUUUUCUCGCGCUUCCCCGUUGACAAGAAUUUUCAUUGCGUAAGCACAAUUGACAGAUCAAAAGUUUUCCACUUAUAUUACGUCGCGGGUCUUGCUAGUUCCUUAAAAAUGACCUUCCAAUACCAAAAAUAAUGUGCGAGCGCCUGUGAAGAUGUGUUAGAAACCAGGCUAAGAGCAUAAUGGGUGAGGACAUUUCACGCGUUAGUUUGACUUUUCAUAACACUGUGAUUGAGGGGAAUGCAAGAUAUUCAGCUACUUGAGCUUAUCAUGAAUGAAUCCUGUUUAUGUUUUCUUCGUUUGGCUCAGUGCGUAUGUGUAUACUUGCCAGAAUAUGCAGAGCAAUAGAACAUCGAUCUUUAAAACGUGAAUUUAUCCUUAGAGAGUGAUUUGCGUGGGAUAAACAGUGAUUAAAAAAAUGACUUUUGGGUGGAACCAUCGUGGUCUGUUUACUGACAGAAAUUUUGGACAAAUUCUAUCUUACCAAUUGUGUUUAUUUCUGUCUCUGUGGUUUUGCUUUUUCUCCAGGAAAUAAAAGCGUUAUUCGAUAAACCCUUUAAUAUUUGAAUAUUUUCUUCUUUACUCAGAUGUGGACGAAUGCGCAACUAACGCUCAUUCAUGUCAUGCCAAUGCAUUCUGUAAUAAUACCGUUGGAUCUCAUAACUGUACUUGUUAUUCUGGAUACAGUGGCGAUGGACAAAACUGCACUGGUAAAUAUUACAGCCUCAUCUUCUAGAACAGAAUUAAGUUACAAUCUCCUCUGGCUAGAAACAGACUUCAAGUGUGGAUAAAUCACGAAGCGAACCCUAGCAAAACAAAGCAAAAGUGGAACUACGGCUGCUAGUCUCCGAGUAGAAUUAAAAAUUAUUAUGAUAAUUAAGAGGUUUAAUGAGAGUGUGACUGUUUUAUAUGCUUAUCCCUCGCUCCAUAGUUUGGCCAGUUUAAUAAGCCAGAGUAGUCCUAAGAUCGUUAAAAAAAUUCAUGCGAAAUAAAGCACGUUUCUAUUCUUGAACUUAUUUUUCUAGAUAUCGAUGAGUGUGCAACUAACGCCCAUACGUGUAAUCAUGCCAAUGCUGUUUGUAAUAAUACCGCUGGAUCUUAUUAUUGCACUUGCAGUCCUGGUUUCUCUGGAAAUGAAACAUCGUGUACUGGUAAAUGUCUUUCAAUUUAUAUUUUGAUCGUUUGAUUAUAUAUUUUGGCGUACGUUUUGGUGUGCUGAGUGGUUUAUGAUCUCUUAGAGCGUUCUUUUAUAUUAUCUGCAAGGAAAGUUGAUUCUUGCAGCGCCAAAUCUCUCCAGUAAAGCCAUACCUUGAUAGGCUGGUUAAAAGACAGUUUAAAUCUAAUCUGUGACCAGGCUAGGUAGUUAAACGGGCGAGAAAGAUGUAAGAGAACUGAGAGAGGACGUUAAAAAAUUCGAAUUUGUCUUGUUCAAACUUUAGAGCUAACUUUGGAGCCUUACCAUUAUCACCCCUCCAAGAAACUUGUAGAAUAAUAAUGCAUGUCCUCGCCCUGUGAAAUUGAUUGUUUUAGGAAAUCCCUCCUUCAAAGAUCCUUGAAAAACGCCUAAUUAAUUGUUCACUUGUCACAAGCCUUUAUUCUGAACGCCUUUGAGAAAGAGCGCCGCCUGGAAGUCCUCUGAACAGAUUCUAGACUCUGGGUGUAAAAAUGAACAAACAAGCAACAGAAACAACCAGCCAGUUCUGAAAAGACUGCGCUUCGUAAAAGGAAGAACGAAUGAAAUUUCGGGGCUUUUAAAAAGUAGUAAAAACAGCCUUAAAACUUUGGUGAGGCUUAUUAAGUAGAGGAUGCCAAAAAAACUGGCCUUAACUCAGGUUCCACAGCGAUAUCGUCAUUUAUUUCGCUCUUUUCUUUUUCUUUUUAGACAUUAACGAGUGUGUAACCAACACCGAUAACUGUGACGUCAACGCUUACUGUAACAAUACCGUUGGGUCCCACAACUGCACUUGUAAUCCAGGAUACACCGGAAAUGGAACAACAUGUGAAGGUUAAUGAAAACAAACGUGCUCAUCAUAAUAUUUUUGCAUUGGCCAAAUAAAAUAGAAUAUACAUGAUAAAAUGCCCAAUUUUCAGCAAUGCGCUACUGCGCGCGGAAAGUGUGAGCAUAAGUCUUGUUUGUGUGAAGCCUUGAAAAUUUUUACAGUCCGCGGUCGCAACUUUCACCAAAUUUAACAUCAUGAGUCAGAUCGGUCUUUUCUGAUCAUCGUGUCAAAUUCAUAUAAAAAGAAACACGAUGUCUUUAUUUUCACGCUCUAAAUCGAACGGCAUUUUUUUUAAUUGUGGGCGAAAUAACAAAUCUGAUUGAUUCGAUAACUGAAUAGGAAAGUUGGUGUCAAAUACUGAUCAUGAAGUUUCGACAAACUGUUUGACGGUCAGCUUUAUCCACAAACCUUUCAUUCGGGCCUCUUAAAUCGGAUGCUAAGUUCAGCUAUUGAAAUGGAAGGCUUAAUACGCAGCAAUCAUUCAAUUAAAAUGCAUGCUAAUAUGUAAUGCAUAUCUUUUUACCUCCGUUUCAGACGUCAACGAGUGUACAACGGCGUAUCAUAAUUGUGAUUCCAAUGCUUUCUGUAACAACACUGUGGGAUCGUUUAACUGCACCUGCACCGAGGGAUACUCUGGAAAUGGAACAUCAUGCAGCGGUAAAAAUGAUAUUUUCUAUCGGUACUGAUCUGACAUUCUAUUACAAAUCAACUGUAAAUAGACAAAAUUAAACUCAACCGAUACAGUGCCUUGGCUUUUUGCUAGCACAUAAAAAAACAAACAAACAAACAAGAAACAGUUAACAAAACGAAAAAUAAACAACGACAACUAAAACUACAAGAGGGGAAAUUCUUAUAGAGUUGUAAAACACUUAUUAAAAGCUCAAUUAGCACUUUCGUCACUAGUGAUUAGAGCUUAAUUUUGUCCUGCCUAAACAAACGUCGUAAGAACGUAAAACUUUGCGGGAGCAAUUGCAAAGCCAAAUGAAAAACACAGGUAAACAUACAUAUCUAUCUAGACAUACAUGUCUUGAUGAGGGCUAGGUAUGUAUUCCUCAUAGGAAGUUAACGAAGAUUUUUUAAAUAAGAGAACUGUAUUGUUAUCAUCAAUUUGCACUCUAAUUCCCACCCUCUUGUUGUCAGGAUGCUUUCUUAAUUUAUAUCAAUUAGCAGCUACUGCGACGCGAUGCCAUUUGCGCGAUCUCAUCAUUUUACUACUAACACUAGAAUCUUUUUCUUUUUCCUUUCUUAUAUAAAUUUUGUAUAUCACAGGAAGUUUUAAAUAACAAAGGCCCUAAUAUGUACAAGAAACCCAAUACCAUGGAAGAUUCUGGUCGUAUUAGUAUUAAAUUAUGACGCCAAUAUGGCCAAAUGUCCUAUUAAAGCCAUUAUUUUAUCACUCUGCAUUCACAUUUAAUUGCUUAUUAAUAUUGUUUAGAUAUUGACGAGUGUGCGACCAUGAACCAUUCGUGCCAUGUCAAUGCCUAUUGCAACAACACUAUUGGAUCGCACAACUGUACCUGUCACGCUGGAUACACUGGAAAUGGAAGAAACUGCUCUGGUAAUUAAGAAAAUGAUUAAAGAUUUCAUUCCUCGUUUUUAGUUUAACUUAUUUGUUUAUAUUUUGUUUCACUAUAGUCAAACUGUAGCACUUUGUUAUAAAGAUUCCGAGUUUUCGAUUCGAUUUCUCACUCCUGGUCUUCAUCAAGUAAUGGUGUCUCUGUCUCUCUUUUCUAGAUAUUGACGAGUGUACAACCGGCAACCACUCUUGUGAUGCAAACGCCUAUUGUAAUAAUACCAUUGGAUCACUCAACUGUACCUGUAACUCUGGUUAUACUGGAGAUGGGCAAACGUGUUCAGGUGAACGAAUUGUCAAUUGAAUUUUAUAGCCGACUCACUUCUUUAUUGCCUACUGGUACAUAACUUAUUUGUCAAAUUACAUAAAAUGUUUACACACACGGAAGGAAUUAAAUCGAAUUAGCUCGUGAAAGGUUAUCUUUGAUUUUCUGUUUCUGUCAAAUUCAACGAUAUUGUUGCCUUAACUGUUUCUCUUCUUUAGAUAUUGACGAGUUCAUUUAAGUUCUACCUCCUGUCCCUCUUUUAGUUUACCUACCUGUUCUUCCCUUUGUCUGUCUGUCUGUAUAGUACAGAUUGAACAGUUCUGAUCAGCUUUUUCUAUUCUUUAUCUACUAUCCUUUUACCUUAAUUUUUUUUAAAAUAUGAAAUACUAGAAAAAGAGCUGUACAGAAGACAAUUAAUAAUUCAGCCCAUGUUUUAUUAUUUAUUUCUUUUUAGAUGUUGACGAGUGUAUAGCCCAGACUGAUAAUUGUCAUGUUAACGCUUUUUGCAACAAUACCGUGGGGUCAUUUAACUGCACUUGUCUAUCUGGAUACUCUGGAAAUGGAACAACGUGUGUUGGUGAGUAUCAACUUCUGAUCUUUUAUAGUUAUAAGGCAAGGCCUACCUUUGUAAAGUUCUUGGAGACUGCCUCAAACCCGAGGUUACCAUGCUGAGCUAGGGGAGGGUUACUCCGAGUUUUCCACCAAACUGGUCCCCAGACUUUUACGGGGAAACGCCCUGGGGACCCUGGGGACAAGGUUGGUUUUAUAUUCACUCGUUCAAGAGAUCUGACAAGUGUUUUUUGGGGUAUAGUACUUGUACAGUUUUAGAAUGCUCGUUAUAACAAAAAGGAUUAAGUCCGCUUUGAGCUCGAGUUUGCUUUCUUCACAUUUAGACUUCAUGUAAUGAGUUAUGUGCUAUAAAAUGAACGGGUUCAGUUAUUUUGUGGUUUGAAUAAAUAAAGAACUAAAUGAUAGAUGAAUGAAUAAAGAUACUAGAUAAAUAAAUUGAUAUAUAAGUAAAUAAUCAAAUAAAUAUUGAAUGGACCUCUACAUCUGGCCCAAUGUAAUCGAUUUAUGAUAUUUUACAUUUGCUUCUUCCAUUAGAUGUUAACGAAUGUGCAGAUAACACCGGUUCGUGUGAUACCAAUGCUUAUUGUAAUAAUACCAUUGGAUCUCAUAACUGCACUUGUUACUCUGGAUUUUCUGGAGAUGGAAAAAAUUGCACUGGUAAGUUUCUUCACGAAAAGGGCUGCCUUUGUUCAAUGGUGUCUAGCUGGCAUUAUGUUUAAAUGCUGACGGCAUAGCCUCGUGUUUCGCCGAAUGUUCUAGGCUUUUCAUUACUACCAUUUCUGGGCGCCGUAAUAGAGGUUUAAAAUUGAUUUUCAAACAAAACAGUGUUAUAAAUUCCUUUAUUUGUAUGUUGUUGUAUUCUUUUCUGGGCGAAGGUAUUUGCGUGUGGAAUCCGGCCUCCCGCUAACGGUUAGAAUUCGGAAUCGAAUCCAGUUCCUGGAAUCCGGUUUCCACGUCGUUGAAUCUAGAUUCCAAGACUCUCUUGAAUUCUCUUACUUGAGGCAAGAAGCUCAUUACUUACGUUUUCAAACUACUCGCCCUUCCACUGACUCAUGCCCAUAGUUAGCCUCAAUUAACAAAACAAUUCUUCAAUUUUUAACGAUCACUGCCUUUUUUUCUUCUUUCUAAGAUAUCAACGAGUGUUCAACCGGCUAUGAUAACUGUGAUCGUAACGCUUACUGCAAUAAUACCAUGGGUUCUCACAACUGCACUUGUAAUCCAGGUUACACCGGAAAUGGGACAUGGUGCACUGGUAAAUGAAAAUGAUAAAGAUUGUGUGGAAUAAGGCGGUAACAAAAAGUUUUUUUUAGAGUCGCUGGUUUUAAGCCAUCCAUUUUCUCUUAGCUUUGUUGUUUACUUUUCUCAUUAUAACAUGUAAAGUUCCUUACGAUGUCCUUAAGUCUUACUAGUUUCUCAUUGCUUCAAAGUAUUCAAGCAGAGAUACAAUAUAUGAGGUUAUGUGUUUUAAACGUCGGCAAGUCAAUUAAUACCUCCUUUUUUGCUACAAAACUGCAACACUCUUCAAAUUCCCAAUGAUUGGGUUGCACAACUAUGGCCAAAGUUAACCUUUAUUGACUGACAUCUCUAAUGCGACCGCUUCCGCUUAAAAUUUAAAAAAUUUACCUUACUCAUUGUCUCAUGUUAUCUUGACAACCUCGAAUAUACAGUAUUUCACGCGAUUCGAUGCAGAAACAACAACUGUGGUUCCUUUCAGAUUUAGACGAGUGCGCAACUAACACCCACUCUUGUGAUGCCAAUGCCUAUUGCAACAAUACGAUUGGGUCUCAUAACUGCACUUGUUACUCUGGAUACAAUGGAACUGGUUUACUUUGCGAUAGUGAGUAUAUGUAGUAAACGUGAGUUUCACUAUAGACAGUAUUACUACCAGCUAAGCUGUUAUUUGGAAUGAGCAUUUACCUAAAUCCAUGUUAACAUCUUAAACGAAAGGCCCAAUCAUGCGAGCCAUUACCCUCUAAAACCAAACACUUAGGAGCGGUCUUAUGGACAUUUAGUGGCCCAGUUGCCUUUACUUUCACAAUGGACGCUUCGCAUACUGAACUCAGUUAGUAUCAGAUCCUGAGACUUGAGGGUAUUAAAGUUAAGGCUCGAACGAUCAUCUUGCUGCCAUAGCACUGAGCCGAAUGACCCGGUUUUCAAAAUGAACAAAAAGCUUUCAUAAAAACUCAUAUUGCCAAUUUUCUCAUAUAAACUAAAAGAAUUGCGUGACAUGUUUCUACAUGAUGUUUUACGUUUCCAAGACAACCAGCCACUCAGCGAGUUAACAUCAUACCACUGCUUUUGAAAUCAUUCUGGAUAAUUUUCAAGUAAACCGAAAAUCCAAGAUGGUGGAUAAAAAAUACUGGUUAUAUUGAUUUAUUACGUAUUCGUUACGUCAGCUAUCUCCACCAGUUGAAGUAACUACCUUGGCGUGCUUCGACGUUUUCGAAUCUUAAAUUAUAUUUAAUACUUUCAUUUUCAAAAGCAUUUGAGCGCAUGUACAAGUGUUAAAAUUUAUUAUUCGCUCUCUAUGAAAUGAUAACCCGAUCUCAUCCUCAGAAACUCAGAUCCGAUACAUAACAGUGCUGUUAUUCAAUCAUAGAAUUACUGAUAAUAAAUAUUUGAAAUGCUUUCAUCACUGUGAAAUAAUUUUGCGUCAUCUUCUCCAGACAUCAACGAGUGUACAACAAACGCCCAUGACUGCGAUCCUGAUGCAUUUUGCACUGAUACCGAUGGAUCGUUUAAUUGCACCUGUAAUUCUGGAUACACUGGUAACGGAACAUCAUGUACUGGUGAGCAUAAGUUAGUGUAAAUGUUAUUGCCACUUUCAUUUUCUUUUUAAAAAAGACACCUUUUAGCAGAAACUAAACAAUCAAAUUUUUUGCAGUUGUUUUAUUUGUAUUUUUGUUAUUAUAAAGUCAAACCCUACCCCACCCCCCAGCCGUCGUCCUCUUCACGAACGCCUGUCUAUUAAGGACAGUUCUCUUUAAUCCCACCUCUGUACAGAACAACUUUUAACUGAGCAUGGUUCUGUUCCCUUGGUUUUCUUUAUCAGGUGAUGUGACUGUAGUUGAGGGAGUUGGCAGAAAAAUAUUAUCUCUUGUACAGCAAUACUCUUAUAGUAAUCAAAGUUGUAAGUACUGAUUAAUGCAAAGGUGAAACUUCAAUCUUAAUUUGUUUCUUGUAGACUUUGACGAAUGUGACACAGGUGCAGAUUCAUGUGAUACAAAUGCCUAUUGCAACAACACUAUCGGGUCUCACAACUGUACUUGUUAUUCUGGAUACACAGGAAAUGGAACAACAUGCACUGGUGAAUAUUCAGCUAUUUAGUUUCGUAGUUUGACAUAAUUCCCACAACGUGCCAUCGCCCUUCCUGAAUGAUUUUACCGCAGUUCUUUGUUUUUGGUAAUGUUUCGUUUAUUUUCAUUUUUAUUUAACAAGAUAAAGUUUCGUAGUUUGACAUAAUUCCCACAACGUGCCAUCGCCCUUCCUGAAUGAUUUUACCGCAGUUCUUUGUUUUUGGUAAUAUUUCGUUUAUUUUCAUUUUUAUUUAACAAGAUAAUUAAUUUUAACAAGAUAAUUGAGUUAGCUUUUAAAUAAAGUACGCAUCUCUUGUUUUUCAAACUUUAGUGCUUUUCAAUGCUUACUAUUUAUUAAUGAUGGACUAUAGUGAAUUCAGUGAUAUAAGUCAUUAAAAGUCCUCUUUACUGCGCACACAAAAAAAGACACACCCACUCAAAGGUCGGUAUACAAGCUGUCUUCUGAUUAACUCUAUAAACAGUAAGAUAAUGUCUUCCCUCUCCCCAAAGGUACAACUCACGCUUUUAUCUCCGUAUAGACAUCAACGAGUGUUCAGACAACAGCGAUAACUGUGAUGUCAACGCUUAUUGUAACAACACUGUGGGUUCUUACAACUGCACUUGUAACCCUGGAUACACCGGAAAUGGAACAACAUGCACAGGUAAAUAUCUUUUUUUCCUCCUGAAUAUUUAGACUCGGCAUGAUAUAUAUCAAUUUGUGUAGAAGACAUUUAAAAAAAAUACGUGACUAGCGUCUCACAUUGUUAAGAAUAUUGACAUUCAGGAUGCAAAAAGUCGUCAAAAUGAACCCCCAACCCUUAGAAAAAUAGUGGGUUAAAAUCUAUUUUUCUGAAAAAGCCCGAUUAUAAAAACGUUUGAUAUGAACUCUUCCCCAGUAGUUAGAGAGGUCCUAACCCAGACAACAAGUAAACAAAAAAGAAAAAAGGAAGGAAAUAAAGAAAAGAAAAAAUAAUAAGGAAAAGAAAGGGAGAAAUUGGGGGGGGGGGGUGAAGAUCUAAGUGAAGAUCCAAGUUUAUCAGAACAGCUAAUGCGGUGCUUAAUCGGGACCUCGAGUCUCAUUCUAAGCUGAUUUAAUUUAUCUUUCAGACGAGGAUGAGUGUGCACUCGGCACCGAUUCAUGUGAUGUCAAUGCUUACUGUAAUAACACCGUGGGAUCCUAUAACUGUACUUGUUACCCUGAAUACACUGGAAAUGGCACCUCAUGUACAGGUAGAUUCUUGGAUAAUACAAUAUCUUUUUACCAUGUUUUGUUGUUAUUGAGAAAUGCUACUGGGGUUUCAAAUGCCCUUUUAAAUUCGAAUGUUUGUAAGUCUUUUAUUAGGUGUCUGGGGCGUCCGUCGGUGAUACUGAAAUGGCCGAAAUUUAAAACACCCAUCGCGCUGAAAUGUUUCUCUUCAGCAUCUGUUGUAUUUUUUUCUCAGAUUUUGACGAGUGUGCAAACAACACCGAUAAUUGUGAUGUCAAUGCUUAUUGUAACAAUACCGUGGGGUCCUUUAAUUGCACGUGUAACUCUGGAUACACAGGAAACGGGACAACAUGUGCUGGUAAAUAUGAUUACUUUGUUCUCGAUGAAGUUCUUGUAUUUAUUUUUCAUACAUUGCUCAAAGUAAUGGACCUGUUGGUUCCUUUUCUCUCGAAAUAAAAACCAACUAAAAACCACAUUGGUACAUGCUCAGUUUCUUCCGUUUUUUUAACUCAAGAAGCGCGCAGGUCUUACUAAACCUACUUACUGAAAGCAUUUUGUAACGUCGCCUAAAAUCCUUUAAGAAUGACAGAAUACUUAAUCAUUAAUGCACUCAAAACAAUAAUUAUGAAUAGGAGCGACAUUAAAACAGCGAAGUGGAAGGUAUACUGUGCCUCAGCUUCUGGUUUUAGACGCGACUUUGAUUGACAGUUAAAUGAACACGUGAUAAUGGUGAUUCAGCUUUCGCGUUUAACAGUCGACUCCUCGACAUAUACAUAGUACGUUCUUGUUAGUAUAGCAAAAUUUCGAGCAUAGAACAUAAAAGAUAUGUUCCAGUGUAUGCUUUAAAAAUAUUAUGCAGUGAAUAUGAUGUCUGCCGGAAAAAUCUUUAUGACUUUCUAGUGCAGUGCUACAAUAGUCGGGCAGAACCUAGUUGAUAGAUGAUGUGGGUAUGUCUUAUGUUUAUAUAUUAACGGAAAGCCAGUGUAAUUUAUCUUUCGGACGAGGAUGAGUGUGCAAUCAGCACCGAUAGAUGUCAUGUCAAUGCUUACUGUUGAUUUUCGUUUUAGACAUUGACGAGUGUGCAAACAACACCGACAACUGUGAUGUCAAUGCUUACUGUAACAAUACCGUAGGGUCCUAUAACUGUACUUGUUACCCUGAAUAUACUGGAAAUGGCACCUCGUGUACAGGUAAUUUCAUGUAUGACACAUCUCCCAAACAUACUUUAUUGUUACUCAGUUCUCAAUGUCUGUUCCCCAAAUGCUACAGUCUGCCCCUCUUACAUGCCUCCUAGUUUUAUCUUUCUGUCCGUCCCUUUGUCUGUCUGUUUGUCUGUCCGUCCGUCCGUCCGUCCGUCUGUCCGUCCGUCUGUUCGUCCGUCCGUCUGUCUGUCUGUCUGUCUGUCUGUCUGUCCGUCCGUAUGUCUGUUUGUUCAGCUUUGUGAUCAUGUGUACAUGUGAUCAUGCUAUGAGCACUUUCCUCUCGCUCCUGUAACUUUAAAUAAUAUUUGAAGCGGCUAACAUUUCACAAUUCAGCGUGGUAAAAUUCUUAUGCUCAGCCAUAUUUCUUUUCUUAGAUUUUGACGAGUGUGCAGCUAACUUCGAUAACUGUGAUCCCAAUGCUUAUUGUAAUAAUACUGUGGGGUCUUUUAACUGUACUUGUAACUCUGGAUACACAGGAAACGGAACAACAUGCACUGGUAAAUAUGAUUUGUUUUUUCUCGAUAACGGACUAAAAAACCUUUUAUUAAACUAAUUCUUUAAGAAAACUGAAUCCAGAGUAGGUAAAUCAUUGCAACAAAUUGAAACCUCAAAGUUGGUACAUAAUGUUUUUUUAGUUGAUGAAAUACAUUGACCACCUUAGCAGAAGCUGACAACGUUAUUCCAUUGUCAAAGGGGAAUGUAGCUGAUUGUGGGUUGUGUGCUGUUUAUUUAACGGAUGUUGGAUCUCUGCUUUUGCAUUGUGGGAAUAUGGUAAGGUGGAAAACAGGAAAAAAUAAGUUCCAUUAAAAGCGUUUGUUUAUUCCUUGAGGAUAAAGCCUAGGUUGUCGAUUGGAAAGAUUUUCUUUUAUGCCAGACUUUUGCGGCUUUCCGUGUUGCCUGGGUGAAUCAGAACAGAAACUGCAGAUUGUCAUGUUCUGGCUGGAAUGACUGGAAACAUUUGAACUGUAUGGUGAGCUGCUGGUUUCGUACCAGCAAUGUAUAUUGUGCACUGAUGAUAAUGAAUGUACGUCAGUAUAAAAUAUGCCUUUAUAGUUACUGAUGGUUUUCUUCCCACUUCUCCUAGAUGUUGACGAAUGUGCGGAAAAUAGUCAUAAAUGUCAUGGCAACGGUUACUGUAACAACACCGUUGGAUCAUACAACUGCACCUGCAAUUCAGGAUAUUCUGGAAAUGGCUUCAACUGUACUGGUAAAAAUAUAAACGUUUGCAAUAGAUAUACCCGUGAGCACUAAACAAAGCGCCGGAAUUAACUAAAUUUAACCCCCUACUAGCCGUUACCUUCUCAUAACCGCAAGGGGGACAAUGCAUGGGCCUUCAACUUUGUCUUUACCUUUCAAUGACUGCCCCUAGAGAAGGGUCUUAGAACCAAAACAACGGUCGCAAUACUGAGGUACAGCUAAGUUACUAUGAUUGGUUACGUUCACUGUACAUUAUUCCUCUCCUUGCCAAAAUAUGCACCCAAUACAGUAGCCAUCUGGGGCGAAUCUAUCUGUUUUGACGGGGUCUGGCCCAUGGGGGCAUGUUCCCAAGUGCUCUAAAAAGAUAAUUCUUGGGUUUCAUCAAAAAUGGAAUCAACAGUCAUAUAAACCAGGAAAAGACUUUCCUCUAUCAAUGUAUUUUUCUUUUCAUCACAGUCAUUUUUCAAGAGACAACAUAUAGUGUUUGUUGGCGAUGUAUGUCUACCUACGUUUUUCGAUAGAGACCGAACGUGUUAAACGUUAUUAUUUCGGCUUAGGGAGUUCGAACGAACCACUCGAACCACAUCUUGCCGGUUCCGCCCCAGGUAACUUACCUCCGUGAGUCUUCAGGGUAACAAGGUUUAACAACUUCAUUUCCGAAAAGGGCGGGACUAUCAUUGCGCAGACGACUCAAACCAAUCCUCUUGAUUCUUUCUAACUUUUCGGGAAAAUCUAGAUCUAUUACAGAAUAUUAUAUAAUAGCCUAUUAGAUCGUUACACUAUGAUAGGAGUUAGUUACACCCUUGAGGCUAGCUGUAAUGCUGGUUUUGUAAGCAGUCAGUUAAAUUGUUUAUUUGAGGGCUUUUUUGAAAUUUUCAUGUUAGAUAUUGACGAGUGUGCAAACAACACUGACAACUGUGAUAUGAACGCUUACUGUAACAAUACUGUGGGGUCUUACAACUGCACCUGUUAUCCUGGAUACUCGGGAAAUGGAACGACUUGCAUUGGUGUGUAAAUUUUGUUAUCUUGGUUUUUAAUGAAUAACAUGCUAUUUCACUAAGGAUAUGGUAGUUAACUAAAAACUUAUUUACACUGGAAUAUGGCUUUAAUUUCUCAUAUUUUAGAUAAAGUGUACGACACAUCUUUUCAAUUGUGGUGGAAAAGGAAAUUACGAACAACCUAAGACUAUUUCCUAAAACGCAUUGUUCCUUCUCCUCUGGAUAUUAUUACAAACUUUUGCGCGUUCACUUCACUUGAAAUAAUAUAAUAAAUUAUAAAACGAAAAAGAUAUGUGUCUGAAAAGUAAAAUGCUAUGUAAUUUUAAAACAUCUUAACUGUUAAUACGUAAAGAAAUGUUCUGGCAGUCAUAUGCAUAGAAGCAAUUUAUGUUGCAAGAGAAGCAUCAGCAGUAACAAUAAAUUAAUAAAGAACUUCAUCAAUAGUGUUGGACCCCGCGGGACCUCUGCGUUAAAAGUGUGGUACUGAACUAAAUAUGCUACAAAGUUACCUAAGUGAAUUUUUAAUCAUGCCCAGAGAAUGAAAUGGAUGCAGGUUAACUAAUUCAUAUAACUAUAAACUAAGGAUAUGAAAUAAUAUCAGAGAAUUAACAUUCGAUGAUGUUAAAGACCGCUUAGGAAACUCUUUAAUUCAUUUGAAUUUACGUAUUGGUGUCAGUGGAGUCAUAUCACGAGAAUUUCAAGGUAAGCCUAGUGAUAGGUAGUGUUUUGGUGGAAGUAAAUUUAAAACUAAACUACAUUUCUUUUUGUGCAAUAGAUAUUGACGAGUGUUCAAACAACACCGAUAACUGUGAUGUCAAUGCCUUUUGUAACAAUACCAUGGGGUCCCACAACUGCACAUGUAAUCCUGGAUACACCGGAAAUGGAACAUGGUGCACUGGUAAAAUAAGGCACCUUCUUACUUCUCAGAUAUUAUUAAAUUAAAUAAAAGGUGGAUUUAGGUCAACUGUAGCUACUUGAACAGAUUUGGUGUGCCGUUUACUGUACAAUGCAACAUAUAAAAAAACCUGCGAAAGUUCAGUGGUGAUGGUAAGUCACUCUUUCAGUUAGUCAGUCUGUCUGUCUGUCUGUAUGCCUGUCUGCCUGUCUCCCUGUCAGUUAGUCAGUCUGUCUGUCCGUCUGUCUGCCUGCCUGUCUGUCUGACUGUCUGUCUAUCAGGCUAGCUCUGGCUCGAUCGAUCUUGUUACUACCCCAUUGCUUGAAGAUAAGUUCGUUUUCGUUGCCCGUUCUUCCUCUUCCCGUUCUUGAUCUCUAGGUCUCUGACUGUCCGUAAAAAGGUCAACUCUGUUUUGUCGUUGGUUAAAAUUUCUUCAAUUCAUUUUUUUGAAAGGUCAUAAAUACUGUGCAAUAAUCUUUCUUAAUACUAAAAGCGCAUUUCUGGUUCAUCAAGUAUUGUAUUUUCUUCAAUAUUUCAGAUAUCGAUGAAUGUGCAACCAAUACCCAUUUAUGUCAUUACAACGCGACAUGUAAUAACACCAUUGGUUCUCACAACUGUACAUGUAAUCCAGGAUACACAGGAAAUGGACAAAAUUGUUCUGGUAAAUAUUGGGCGAUUUUUUUUUCUGUUUUUGAAAAAUAUUUUUGUAGGUGACAUGUCAGUGGAAAUAGGUAUUUAUAAGGAAGACUUAUGUUAAUAUAACGCACACCUUUAUUAUCCGAGGAGAUAAGGUUCGUACUGUUGGUUAGCUCUUUAGCCCUAUGAAUCGAGGGUGACGAGGGAGAAAGGCAAGUCCGAUAAUGAACAAGACGAGAAAUGAAAAAAAGUGGAUGAGGAGUUUAUGAUAAAUUCACUUAUAUUUGAAUUAAAAACUAUUGCGCUAAAACGUUUCAUAUCAACGUCAUUAUCAGGGAAAAAAAUGUGUCUGUUGCAGCGUAUAAAUACUAAUUUGCUUCAUUAAAAACCUUAUAUAAAGUGUCAAGAAUGUCAGUUGAAAUAAAGAGUUUUGCACGCGAUUAAAUCAACCUGGGUGUUCGAGCUCGGAUUGAUCUCAUUUAUGAAGAGCAUCUCUUAAAUCAGGAAUUCAAACUUCGUUUAGCACUUGCGAAGAAUGCGAAAUUGGCUUUCUUUGGGCUUACCUUAUCGCCCAUGGGUUUCCGCAAGGUGUUUACCGAUAGCCGAUAGCAUGUUAGCGCAUUUUUUUUAUCCAAACAUUUAUCAAAAUCGCUUCUUUCUUCGUAUUUCCUUACAUCGUAGUAAAUGAAAAAACAAACAUAAUUAUUUUCCAAGAUUUGAGAAAUAAAUAAUUCUAAUCUGACUAGGAAAGAUUUUAUAAGUUUAGCUUAAUUUCCAGUAAAGUUCUCUCUCAGUGACCACUUAGAGCUUUUCCAGUUUUUAGUGUCUGCUCAUGUAGAAAAGUAUAUUAUGCUCAAUCUAUGUUCAUUUUCUCGCUUUAGAUGUGGACGAGUGUGCGGACAACUCCCACAACUGCCCAGCGACAUCGGUGUGUAACAAUACCGUAGGCUCUUUCAUCUGCACCUGCCCUGCACUUUUGUUUGAAUGGGAUGGAACAAACUGUUCUGGUAAGCAUAAAUAUUACUUGUAUAUAUAAAAAGAGCCGCUGAAACGGGAAAAACUUCACUCUUAAGCUAAACUGGCCUUCGCCUGUAUUAAUCACCUAUGAGAAACGCUUGUCGCUGCAGGUCAAAAUUUUUGACUGACACGGACGAGAGGUAAAGUAAGGGGGUUGGAGUGAGCUAGAUAUGAUCAGAAAAAAUCCCAGCUCCAAGAUGGCAAACAAGAUAAUGGCCUUUAAGAAUGAUGUCACAGGUUCGCUGAAUAAUGAUAUACAACAUGUUGCAGAGCUCAUUGCAGGCUAUCUAUUAAACUUUUAAUCUGUGCAUAAUAUUUGAAAACUGAAAAAAAAACCAAGGGGUACUAAGCGAGUUUUAACAAUUUUACCCAGUAAUAGAAUGUGUUUUCUUGUAACAAAACGCUGUGAGGUAAUAGACAUGACAAACCAUCUUAGUCACACUGUGAAUUUUUGGUGAAAUUGCAAAGUUAUAAUUUUGAAAUCCCUCGCAAACUCUCGAUAAUUUGAAGACCCAAUUUACUGAGAAUAUUUUAAAAGAAAUUGAUGCGGGUGACAAUCUCGGGGAGGGAGGGGUUGGGAUGCUCGUCGUCCCGCUUAGGGGUGUAAAUUUCGGAUUUUGGUCUCAUUUAGGGUGUUCUGGGCAAAACGCCAUCAUAUUUAGUCGUGAAGAUCUCGUUUAGGGUUGCACGUGAAAAAAAUAUUAAAAUAUAUAUGUUGUCUGUGUUUUAACAUGGUAUCUUUUAGGGCUCAAAAAAAGCUUGGGCCACGCCCAGAUCGGUCUCCUUUAGGGGUUUAAUUCAAAAUUUUCGGCGUCCCCACCCCUUUCAUAUGCGGUGUCCCCCCCGGUGACAAUUCCUGCCCUUUGGCAUACAUUUCGAUUCAUCUUAAAUUUGGGCUUUUGAGUAUCUUUUGAGUUUAAGGACGAUUUUAAACAUAUCUGUUUUAUCAAUUAGAAAUUUCAAAUCUCCUUAGCAACGCUGGCAACAAGUUCCAUUUCAAUUUCACACAACUUUUACUUUACUUAUUAUAUCUAUUAUACUACUACAUCAGAAAUUUCUGCAAUUUGAUUGGCUUAGAGCAGUGGUAUUUCAGCUUAAUUUGAAAAACCUACAUGUGAAAAUUACAAACCUUUUGCGGGUAGUAGUAUACAAAAAUAAUAGUAUGAUUUGUACUUGAUAUUUGGCAAAAAUACCACUUGUGAUAUUUUAGAAUUGUCUCAAAUUUCUCUCGCCUAACGGCGCGUGAAAUUACGUAUAACUAAUUUGAAGUAUCACUCGUGGUAUUUAUGCCAAAUAUCACUACAAGUCAUGCUAUUACCUAUACUAAUUUGCACUGAAAAUAAGAUUGAACAUAAGGAGGUUUGUAUCUCCGGCAGUGCAAACUUGUAUCACAGUUGGUUUUGACUCUCCUAAAGUGCUCUUUUAGGACUGAUAUCGAGGAAAGAUGUUUAAUUUGACCUUAUAAUAGAUCACUGUCGCUGAACCCUUAUAUAUCCUUGUUUCAGACGGUUGGAUCUUUACAAACAUAAGCACUGGUCGAUUGGGUAGUAUUCAGCCGUUCAAAGUUCCAGAAACUGCUCGUUAUCUCAUCAAAGCAUGGGGGGCAAGAGGGGGAACACACACGACAAAUUAUGGCGAUUAUCCCGGAACUACCGUCGGAGGAAAAGGCGCGUUCAUGGAAGGCACGUUUGUACUGUUUAAUCAAACUGUGCUGAGUAUCGUGGUGGGGCAGAGGGGAGGAGAUUCCGUGGAGGUGAGGGGAGGACAACCUACUACUCAAACCGCAGCUGAGCUGGGACUGUCAGUGGAGGACAAUGCUGGUACAGGGGGUGGUGGAGGAAGUUUUGUUUACAAUACCACCACCCUGUUUAUAGUUGCUGGCGGGGGAGGAGGUGCAAGCGCAGGAAAUGACGGAGUAGACGGUCAGGAUGGUCCUAAUGGCACUGAUAGUGUUGGUCCUAACCCCACGUACGUGGGGAAAGGAGGAACUGAUGGGUACCCUGGGGAAUGUAACACUGUAGAUGCUAAUUACCAUGGUGGGGUGGGUGCAGGCUGGGUACGCGAAGGCUGCAACAGAGUUGACACACAGCAUGGAGAAAGAGGUGACUCCCGAGCGCAGGAAUGGGUAGGGGGGCGAGCUGGGGAUGAGAACAGUGGAAAUAACGGAGGGCCACCCCCAGGGGCUGUAGGAGGCUAUGGCGGUGGAGGAGGGGGUGCAGAGGACAAUGGAGCAUCAGGUGGUGGAGGAGGUUACUCUGGAGGAGGUAGUGGUCGUCGCAUGCAACAAGCCGGAGGGGGAGGGGGAUCGUAUUGUGGUGGCAUGAGUUGCUCUGGUACGACUGGUGGUAAUCCAGAAGAUCAAGGACGUGUGCAAAUAAUUCGAUUAUUUGACUAA